CAAUGGCAAGCGAUAGAGUCGAGUGGCCAGCCGAAGCUCCUCAUGGAACACGCGAGCAAUACGGAGCUGACCAGUCGUCAUGACUCGGUCGCACAGAGCAAAUUUGGGCGCAUGAACGUGUUGGCUCGAAAAAUCAGUCAGACGAGCCGCACCUGUCGCUCACUAGAAGUCAUUGUACAGGCACACUGGGUGCAAGCCUUCGAUGAACGCGCAGCAGAGCUAGGCCUGAGCAUGACCAAGGAAAAAGCCAAGAAGACGGCAAUUUCCGAAGCAUGUGUAGACUUCAGCUGGACCGAAAAGGAGCUGAGGAACAAAAUGGCCAUCUGGAGAGGCUAUCAUGACAUCAGAAGCGCUGGCGGCUGGGCUGCACUUGUCUUCGCCGGGAUGGGUUUGUAUCGAUUCUGCAAAUACCGAGUCUCGUUCACAGAAGAUACCUUUCAGCAAUUGAGGGCGCUGCGACAUAGAUUCGAGGUCGCUGCUGAUUGCUUACACCCGCGAUGGAGGAGUCUGCUGGCCAUAGUCGGCGCCCCGACCGAGCGCAGAUACACCGGCCAUCCUCACGAUUGGGUUGUGUGCGGCCCUGGAGACGAAGCAUUACCCUUGGCAACGACGUACCAUCAAUGGGAUCGAAACUUCAGCUAUACUCACCUGGACGAAUCGGCCAUUGAUGAGGAAGCAUGGGGUCUCUUCGAUCCAAGAACAGUCACCCCUUUGAACGAUCCAGCGGCGUAUCAAUGCACAAUCUGUUCGGAACGCCAGUCAGACGAUCCCAGACAUAAUGUAUGCGCUUGCUUCUCCAAUCUCUACGGAAGCGCAAAAGCCGGCUUCAUGCCAGUACAAGUGUAUCGAACACCCACCGGCAAGAACAAUGGACUUCUCGCCUGCUGUUCCUUCGAAAGAGGGACGGCGAUAGGCGAGUUCGUCGGUCAAAUCACAAGCGGCGUUGCCAACCUCGACGUCAUGGUCGGGCAGACCGAUCGAGCAGCAUACCAGAUUUGGCAAGGAAAGCAAGGCAACUACACCCGCUUUGUCAACCAUUCUUGCCAGCCCAACAGCCAGUUCGAGAGGUUCAUUUGGCUGGGUACGCAGAGGAUCGUGCUGGUGAGCAAAGGCAUCGAAGCCGGCGAGGAGAUCACGGUGGAUUAUUCCGACACAUAUUGGAAAAAUCUCGACAAGGAGUGCUUGUGUGAUAGCGCGAAAUGUCGAUAUCGACGUCGUGCGAAACAGCUGCUGACGCCUCCGGAACAUACUUGACGCGUGCGUUGUAGAGGAGGGUUCGUGGAUACGCUUCAUCCAGUUCUUCCAGGCACAGCCUGUUAUGAAAUAUCUUCUCCAUCUAUCUGUAUAUAAACACUUCGAAUGUACAUAGCGCC